AAAACCAAAAUGCUGUGUGUCACAAAAUACGCUAUAUAUAUAAAAAAUCAAUGCCAAAUUUUUUCUGUCCAACACAAUAAAACAAAACAAAACAAAAAAAAAUUCCACCAUCCAGAUUCAGAUUCAAUCAUUGAUCGUUUAUUGUAAUUGUUAAUUUUGUAAUCGUAAGAAAAUAGAUGAAUAAAAUGAAAUUAUCAUUGUUGAUCGGUUUUAUUUUGGCCAUUCAUAUUGGCCAUUCUAUCGCAACAGAUUCCUAUGAACAAACAUUAAUGAAAAUUGAUGCAAAAUUUGAAAAUUUGAAAAAUAAUCUUUCAAAACAGAAAAAUGCCGAUUCAAUCGAUGAUGAUAUUCUGCAGUUAAUUGAAAAAGCUAAAGAAAUUGCGAAAAGAAUAGAAAAUGAUAUAGAAAAGCUGGUCCAAAAAAUAGCUAAUUUAGAACAAGAUAUCGCGGACACAAUAAACCAAGUGGCAUUUGCAACUGAUGAAAACGAAAAAAAGAAAUUGAAAAAUCAAUUAGAACAACAAGUAAUUGAAUUUGAAAAUCUGGACGCACAAUUAAAUUCAUCAUCAUCAAUAGUUCAAUCGACAAAACUUUUAUUGCUUAUUAUGGUGAUUAAUUUUCUUAUAUUCAAAUCAUUCAACUAGUAGUCAAUUUAUAUUUGAUGUUGAAUGAAUAAAUUUUAAAUCAUUUUUUUUUGCGUUUAUUUAAGAUGCCAAUGUCCAAUUCAAUUAAAUUUUAAUGACUAAUUUAAAAUUUUAUUAAAGAAAAAUAAUAAAGAAUUAUGAGAAUCGUGUGAAAAAAAAGGGUGAGGGGUGAUUACAUCACCAUUAUACAUA